AUGCAGCUCUAAUUGAUUUCAAGAGAUAGCAAUUAUUUUUAAAUUUAAUAACAAAAAAUUUAUCCAAACUACUCAAGUUUUUAGAAUUUAACAUAGCCACAAUAAGUAGACUUAGAAAGCAGCAAUAUUGAAUUAGAGGAAAACAACAAUUAAAAUAUGGAAUAUCAAAAUAAUAUAUUUAGUGGAAGCAAUUAAAUGAAUGAAUAAAAUUAACCUUUCAAUGCUCAUAAUAAUCAAUAAACCAUGAAAAUUAUGUUUAAUGGAAAUUAAAAUAAUGACAAUUUUAGAUUUAAUAAUUAUAAUUAGAUUAAAAAUAACAUAUUUGAACCAGCAUCUCAUUAUAAUACAAGCAAUAAUCAAAUGGAAGUUAUCGAAAAUGUUAAUAGCAGUUAAUAAGAAGUUUAAGAAUAAAAUGAAGAUCUAUAACAGCAAAAUGAGGAAAGAGAAAUGCUUAGAAAAUGCAUCAGUGAUGUAAAAAAAUAAAUAAAUAAAUAAUUUUGUUCAGAUUAUUAAUUAAUUAUUCAUAAAUAUUAAAAAAAUAAAUAGAUGAUGUCUAAAAAGUAAGAAAAUUGCAGAUCUAAAAAAAGAUAUAACAUUUUAAACUUGCACCGUAAAAGAAUUAUAGAGGAUACUUUAGAUUUGAUUUAUUAUGAUCCACAAUAUUUCACCACAGAGGAAUUUGAAUACCGCGUUUGUAUGAAUAUAGAAAAAUUAGUUUAAGAAUAAGAGGAAUAAGAUUAAAUGAAAUAUUAUUAUGACUAAGAGUUGUAAAAAGCAGAAGAUGAAUAUUAUAGAAAGUAAAUUGAACAGUUCAAAUAAAAUUAAGAUUAAGAAAUGGAAGAAGAUGAAGAUGAUGAUAAUGAUAGUGGUGAUUUAGACAUUAUAUAAUUGAAUAAUAUUAAAUUUAAUCAAAAUAAUACUUAGACAUAAAAUCAAAAUAACUUUUGA